AUGAAAAGAAUCCUUCUGCAGAAGCAACAUGAACCCUUCUCCAAAGCCUCUUGUUCUUUCAUUUCAAAAUCAUGUGUGCAGCGAACACAUGCUCAUUUAAAGACUAAUCGCUUCUCCAAUAACCAUUCCUCUUCCGAUUAUUAUUAUUUGAAUUUAAACCAAUCCAAAUGGGUUCGGAACUUUCACUCCUUUCUCUCAUCAGCAGACCAACACCACUCACACUCCAAUACAAUCAACGUGGAUUCCUACCACUCUGCCACACAACAACAUGAUCAUGCUUCAACAAUGUCAAUCAAUAACAAUCAUAGAGAGAAUUUUUCCUCUCACUCUUCUUCCACUGUCCGUACACAUCCAACAUUUUUCGAUACUAUUGUUGUGGGUGGCGGCCAUUCGGGAUGUGAAGCUGCUCAUGCUUCUCUCUUUCAUAACGCAACCACUCUCAUGGUGACACACAGUUCAGAUACCAUUGGAGUUCUUUCAUGUAAUCCAUCUGUUGGUGGUGUUGGAAAAGGAAUUUUAGUGAAGGAAGUAGAUGCGUUGGGAGGUCUGAUGGGUGUUGUGAGUGAUUAUGCAAUGAUUCAUUACAAUGUGUUAAAUCAAAGUAAAGGACCUGCAGUGUAUGGUCCACGAGGUCAAAUGGAUCGUCACUUGUACAGAACUAAAAUGCAACAAAUUUUAAACGAAUAUACUAAACGAUAUCCUGAUAAAUUUCAAAUCAUAAGUGGAAGUGUGGAUCAAUUAUUGCAUGAAAAUGGAGAAAUUCGUGGAGUAGUUCUUAAAGAUGGUACAAAAAUUCGUGCCAAAUCUGUAGUUAUUACAACAGGAACUUUUUUGAGAGGAGAAAUUCAUAUUGGAAAUACUGUUCGGUUUGCAGGAGGUAGAAUUAGUGAGAUUGGAACAGAACGCACUUGUGGAAGUUUGAGUGAUUGUUUUUACAAGGAAUUUCAAUUUGAAAUGGGAAGAAUGAAAACAGGAACACCUCCUCGCCUUCAUCGAGAAUCCAUCGAUUGGUCCAAACUCACAGAACAACCCUCAGCCAAAUAUAUUGAACCUUUUUCCUACAUGCAUGACGAGAAUACAUUUUAUGGAACUCGAGUGCCGCUUGAUCAACCUCACAUGAUGUGUUACGAAACUGAAACAAAUGAACGUACACAUGAAAUUAUUCGUAACAAUUGUAGUGCAUUGGCAGACGAGGUUCGAUUUGGAAACGGACCUCGUUAUUGCCCUUCCAUUGAAAUUAAGGUCACCCGAUUCCCUCAGAGAACUUCACAUCGUAUUUGGUUGGAACCUGAAGGUAUUCCUCCCAAAUGCUCCAUCGAUGGAAAAGUGCCCUAUGAUCACUACUCGAAUGUGAUCUAUCCCAAUGGAAUUUCAUCAAGUUUACCUCCAGAGAAACAGCUUGAAUUUUUACGUACCAUGAAAGGACUCGAGAAUGUACACAUGUUACAACCUGGUUACGCCGUUGCUUAUGAUUUUGUUUCACCCAAAGUGGAAUUAACUCACACUCUACAAACAAGAAAAUGUAAGGGACUCUUUUUGGCAGGUCAAAUCAAUGGUACGACAGGAUAUGAAGAGGCUGCUGCUCAAGGAAUUAUUGCAGGUAUUAAUGCAGCCAUAUAUGCUCGGCAGGAUAAUACUGAGUUUAUUUUGGAUCGAUCUGAGGCAUAUAUUGGAGUAUUGAUUGAUGAUUUAGUGACAAGAGGAGUGGAUGAACCUUACAGAAUAUUCACAUCACGAUCUGAAUAUCGAUUAAUGUUGAGAGCAGACAAUGCUGAUUUGAGAUUGACCGAGAAGAAAUAUUUACAUGGAUUGGAAAGUUUACCGAUUGAAGGAAGGAAAUUAAAGUCUUCAAGCAGAAACCGAAUCACCAAAAAAGAUGAUGACAUCUAUCAUGAGGAAUACUAUAAUUCUCUCGAUACUGGCUCGAGUGUAUCUGAACAACGAUAUAUGAAAACAAUGCAACGAAAAGAGAGAAUUACUCGUGCUCUCAACAUGUGUCACUCGGUUCAAUUCACUCCAAAAAUGUGGAAUUCCAUUUUAAAUUUAAAGGAUUUUUCUGUUGGAACAGAUAUUGGAAGAAAGAAAUCUAUUGCUGAUAUCAUAGCUCAACAACAUGUCACAAGUUUACAUGAUGUUGAUUUUAAAUAUUUAAGCGAGCAAGCUGAGUAUCUGCCCACUAUUUAUGACUACACUGAAGGCAACACAAAUGCUGAAUGUGAGAACGAAGAGAGAAUGAUGAUGGAAUUCGCUCAUGAGCAAGAAAAUUAUGAAUUGCUCAAUUCACAACAACCACCCUCUCUUGGAGAUGCUCAGCAACAAUAUUUACUGGAAUUGGAAUUACAAUCCAUUCAAGAAGCCAAACAAUCAAGAAGAGACGAACAAACCAUCAUUUCUGAAUGUCGUUAUUUCCAAUAUUACGAUCAAUACGAACACGAUAUUGAACAAUUAUCUAAAAUGGAAAACUUGACAUUGCCUUCAGAACUAUACGAUCAAUUGGAAGAGAAGGGAAUAUUCCCACAUAUCACUACUGAAGAGCGAGUGAAAUUAAUGAGAUACAAACCAAAAACAUUGAGAGAAGCAUCCAUGAUUUCUGGAAUUCGACAAACUACUUUAAUUUCAAUCAUGCAAUCACUGACAUCUAAUAAUACAAGAAAGAGAAGUGGAGUUUUACAAAAACAAUAA